UUGUAAAAUAUAUUUGGAAAGAACUUACAGGUGACACGAGAAGAAAACUCGAUUUUAUUACAAUCAUGGAGAUCGCUCAUAAUUUCAUGGGUCCUGGUGCUACCAACACUAUGACGCGGAUCAAUGAAAAUGGAAAUGUUGUGGGAACUAUUAUAGUUAACUGUGAAGGUUUUCCGGAGACCACAACCCUGGACAGCUUGACAGCUGCUACGUACUCCAACCACUUAAGAACAUUGUCGCUCCAUGCAUCAAAUGCUCUCAAGGAGAUUGAUGUAACAGACGAGCUGGUGGUUCUAAGACUAGUCUCCAAAAAGACCGAAGCAGUAGUGGCGCCUGAUAGCGAAUUCCACAUCAUUGUCGUUAUGAGGAAGCAUUAAAGUUUCUGUGGUCUAUUCAGCCUAGUAUUAGACAUUUAAAACAACCUUUAUUACUAUCUAUUCAACCGAAUAUUGUGGCUUUGAGUAGGAAAAAAAGUCGUUGGAAAACUAAUUAUCUACUGCAGCCGCCAUUUGUCAUUUCACCAACGUAAUAAGAAUGAAAAUCGGUUGAUCAGACAGCAAAAAGGGUGUACUGAAAUGUCUAAAGCUAUUUUGACGGAGGAUAGAAACUUCCAGAAAAAGAUGGAGGAAGAAGAAUAGAUUUUAAUUAUUCAUUUUUCUUUUCUAAUUGUUCUUGUUCUUCUCAAAAGAGGAGUUUUCUGUAACUUUUAUUUCAGUUACACAUUUUGUUGUUAUUGUUUAAAUGUUUAUUAA